UGUCAUUUAAGACAGUCUCCAGUGGAGGGAGGGGGGGGGGGAGGGGGGGGGGGUUGGACAUGACAGGGAAAAAGAAAAAGGGGGAGGGGAUGGCAGGGAAAAGGAAAAAGGGGGAAGGGGAGGGCUCCAAGGAGGCCUUUCUGCCGGUCAAGGACGACGACCAGCGCGAGGCGAUUCGCCUGUGCUGCAUAUUCAAGUACUUGACGAAGGGUCAGACGCUGGAGAGUUGCAAGGGCAACUUCAAGAUGAAGUGUCGCUUCUGCGACAAACCACCUUUCCAGGGCAGUGAGGCAUGGGGUGCUGAGCACUUCACGAAGGGUAGGUGCCCCAAGGUGACACCAGAGGUCCUCGUCGACAUUUGGAAUACCACACAGUACCCUUUCGACCAGCGGCGAGAGAGACAGGUGCUGGAUUACAUGGAGUAUCGUGGCAUCCGGAAUAAUAGAGAGGUGGGAGUUGGAGUGUCGGAGGAUGACGAGGUGCAGGAUGUUUUGGACAGGGAGGGGGCGGACAGCGAGGGAGGACAGUGUGGCGGCGAGGACGAUGAGAUGGACACAGGGGCGGAGGGUGAGGGCGAGGGACCGACGGAGGACGACGGUGAGGACGAUGUUCAGGAGUUAGGAGCGUCCCUUCAGGGGGGAUCAUUGAAGGCACGAUGCACUGCUCAUCAGACAAGGACUCGUGCGCCUAUGGAUGGCCGUGGGAAGAGGAGGGCGGACACCGCUCCUGCGGCACGCGUGCCGGACCCGAAACAGGGCGAGGAUGCCCGAGUACAGGGUCCUCAUGAGACAUUUGCAGAACAUGCCCCGGGCCAUGGAGCCUACUUUGACCAGUUCAAGCGCAUAGCAGGCAGUGGCAUACAGGAGGAGCCUGCGUACAUAGCUGAUAAGCUACGUGACAUACGCGAGCAGGUGCAGCACACAGGGGCUACCAUCCUCACGGAUGGGAGGAAGUCCCUGAACUUUGAGCCCAUCGUGAACUUCUUGGCAGCGGGACAGUCGGGCACCUUCCUUUUCACGACGGUGCGCAGGGAAGGGGUUGACGCAGAGACGUCAGACGUCGUCUUGCAGCGCUGGAAGAAGGUGUUCGAGAAGUUCGGCGUGAAGAACAUCAACGCCAUCUGCAUGGACUCUGCAUCAGUUUAUGUCGCUGCCGGUCGAGCGCUUUGCAACGAUCCCGAUCCAAAUAUCCGUCGCAUCCCUUGGCUCCCUUGUUCUGUCCAUUGCUGCAACUUGAUGUUGUCAGACAUGGUUAAGGAUAAGACAUGGGCCAUCGACUUGUUGACCAGGGCGAGGGCGGUUGUACGAUUCAUUAGAUGUCAUGGAUCGGCUCUCGCGUUGUUCAGGAGUUACAGCGCGAGGGCCGAUCGCGAUGCAUGUGCGGACCGUUUGGGUGGCAGCGCCGCGGGCGGAGAGGGGACAGUAGGCAGACCACGACGUGGCCGAGAGUUGUUGAACCCUUGCCAGACGCGAUUCGCGUCUUUGUACAUAAUGAUGGAGAGGUUGCGCGACCGCAGGGUUCCACUUGAGACGAUGAUGUUGGAGGGGGAUUGGGCGCGACUUCCAUGGGAGAGGAGGUUGCUCGGGCAGGUCGGGUGGGUGCGCACACAGUUGACCGAGGAGAUUCGGAAGUUGGAGUCGACGAGACCUCGCCUGGUUGGCAUGCUGCAGGAUUGUUACACUCGUGCAUGCCAUCUGCUCGAGCCCGCCCAUGCUGCCGCCCAUCUUCUCAAUCCCAAGAGGCGGAACUUCGUUUACUUACAGUCUCCGAGGCGCAGCGAUCAGGAGAAGAAGGUGGCGGAGAUGACACUUGAGUACAUCUACACGCAGACGGGCUUCGACCGCUGUGCCCCUGAGCUUUGUGCCAUCGCCACACGUCUGAUGUACAUGUGGGUCUGCGCCUCUCCUGCAGAGAGGAACUGGGCGUUGCACGAGCGUAUCCACGAGAAGCGCCGCAACGGGUUGGACUUCACGAAGCUGACUGAAAUGGUGGAGAUGUGCGCGAACAAGAAGCUCCUCGCGUGUAGACAGAGGAGGAGGGGACUUGUUCUGCCGUGGGGUGAUCUUGAGGAGGGGUUGGACGACGUCCCGGAGCCGCGCAUAUCAGGUACUCUGCCGCCGGGGUCAUUGACGGACGAGGAGAUCGCGCGCCAGGCGCGCAGGAUGCAGCGUGCCUCGACGGUUCGCCACCCCCCUGCGGUUCAGACUGUGUUUGGUCGUCGUGCAGCUCAUAUCGAGCUGUACCACGAGGAGAUCGAUGGGCCGAUUGAGGAUGGAGGGGGUGGCGCCUUCCUUGUUACUCCUGGCCCCAGUGCAGUGGGCGGGGGCGGUAUUGGCGGACAUGGAUUUGGUUUGGAGGUACCGGAGGGAUCGAUUCCCUCGGGCAUUUUCAGUGACGACUUCGACCUUGGACGUCCACCCACUUCAGAUGCUCGGCGCGGCGGGGUGCGUGUUCAGACACCGGUGAGCGAAUUCGCACACCUCAUAGGGUCGGUUUUUGGUGGUGCUAGUUCAGGUUUGUUGACAGAGGCUGCCAGAGCGUCAGGCGAGAUACAGGAGGGCAGGACUGGUGACGACGUCAGUCCUGUUGCCAGGAGGCCACAUAUGGACCCCGAGGAUGUGCUUGAGGAGGAGCGUUUGGCACGGAUGGUGUCGGGGUGUGCCACGACACAGCGGCUUGCGUUGGAUCAGGACAGGACCAGGGCGAGGGAGAUGGGGUGUAGUGUAGAGGAGGUCACUUUCGCCAGACUAGCAACAGAGUAUAGACACGAUGGUCCUGCAAAUGUUACAGAUGGUGGAGGACUCUGCACAGAGGGACACGUGGUGGAUCGUGUGGACGACCACCAGGAGGACGCGAGGGUAGGGUUGGGUGGUUUAUGUGGGGCCAGCGACACAGUACUACCCACUACUGAUGAGGCGGACGGGGGCGACGGCGCGGCCACGACAGACGCAGGGGGGUCGCUUGGGUGCAAUGGCACGGAGGUGAGGCAGGUGGAUAGAGCACUUGUCGGUGUUGUCGUUGCCGCAAUGGAGGAUGUGGUCGUAGAUCACACUCAGGAUGGUCUUGUCGCGGUGGAUGCUAUGGUUGCACAUCGCAACGAGGAGGAGCGAUAGGUGGACCCCGGGGACGUUGUUGCACACCCUCUAGAGGCACACAUGCCCAACAUGUCCCCACUCGA